AUGCUCACCUUCUGCCCCUAUGAUGGCUCUCUCUUGACCGUCGGGACCAAGAGCAGUCAGAACCGUUUGGAGUGCCGCGCGUGUCCUUACAUCUACCCCAUCACCCACCCCUUGUACUCGCGCACCUUAUUUGAGCGCAAGGCGCAGGAGGACGAAAUUGGUCCGACCGAUUGGUCCAACGCUGCCAAAGCUGACGUGCAGUGCGCCAAAGAAGGCUGUCCUGGCAUGGAAGCUGCGUUCUUUCAGGUCCAGAUCAGAAGUGCUGAUGAACCGAUGACCACCUUUAUAAGUGUAUGA